AUGUAUCGGGGCUCUUUCGCUCCGCCGCCCGCGCAAUCGCCGCCCCUUCACCACCCCGUCCCACAACAUGUCUCAACAGUGCCCAUGAUGCGCUCACCUCCACCACCAUCUCAGCAGACUCCAAGUGGUGGAUAUGGUGGUAAUCCAUAUCAGCCGUCGCCGGCUCAGGGCGGAGGCUAUGCUCCUGGAUUUGGAGGGUUCAUGAAUGAACCCACCGCGCAGAUGGGCUUUCAGGUCGGCAAGAGUGCAAUGGCGGCUGGUCAAGAGUACAUGGAAAGCAACUUUAAUCGCUAUGUUUCUAUACCAGCUCUCAAACACUACUUCAACGUCUCCAACUCCUACGUUCUGAACAAGUUGCUGCUUGUUCUCUUUCCCUGGCGGCACAAACCCUGGUCUCGACAGCAGGCCCGAAUGGCAUCAUCUACCCCCGGACCGAGUGGCCAGAUUAUGCAGCAGCAAUAUUCAUCCAUGUUCCUGCCUCCUCGUGACGAUCUGAACUCCCCCGACAUGUAUAUCCCCGUUAUGGCUCUGGUCACAUACAUCCUGCUCUCUGUCUUAUUGGCUGGAUUCCGAGGUGAUUUCCACCCGGAGCUUUUGGGAUCGAUCACUACCACGGCCAUUGCGGUGAUUGCUUUCGAAAUUCUGUGCCUGAAGCUGGCUACCUACAUCCUGAGCAUCAACAACGACUCGCAGUUGCUGGACCUGGUGGCCUACUCGGGCUACAAGUUUGUCGGGAUCAUUGUCACUAUGGUGGCAUCCGAGAUCUUCAACCCCGGACAAGGAACCCGGGGUUGGGUUGGCUGGACCGUGUUUGUGUACACCUUUUUGGCGAAUGCAUUCUUCCUGCUUCGCUCUUUGAAAUAUGUGUUGCUUCCCGAUUCCACCGACUCCGCCAUGCAUGCCGGCUCAAUGCAGGCUGUAGCUCGAUCGCAGCGCAACCGACGCGGUCAGUUCUUGUUCGUGUACUCUUACGCCGUCCAGUUCAUUUUCAUGUGGGUGCUCAGUCGUGAGGGACCCUCAUCUGCGGCAUCUGCCGGAUCUGCGUCGUCAUAG